AAGUCAUACACGAAACAAGUGGACGAGCUGAAAAUGCAAGUGAAAGAUAUGCUAAUUAACCCUGCGAUUGAUCCGGUUGAAAAAGUGAAAUUGAUCGACUCACUAUGUCGCUUGGGUGUAUCGUAUCAAUUUAAGAGUGAGAUUGGAGACCAAAUGAAUCAAGUUUUCAAUCUUAAACUCAACCUUGAUGAUCGUGACUACGAUCUAUACACCGUGUCACUCGUAUUUCGAGUAUUUAGACAACAUGGCUUCAAAAUGUCCUCCGAGGUGUUUAACAAAUUCAAGAACGAUGACGGUAACUUCAAAGAGAGCCUAGCUAAUGAUGUCAAUGGGAUUCUAAGCCUUUAUGAAGCUGCCCAUUUGAGCCUACAUGGGGAAGAUAAUUUAGACCAAGCCCUGGCUUACACAAGUGCACAACUUGACCUAUUGGCUAGCCAAUGUGAGUCUCAUCUUGCUAAACAUAUAGCCGUUGCCUUGCAACAUCCCUUUCACUUUGCCAUACCAAGAAUUAAAUCAAGGGAAUACAUCUCCUUCUAUGAAGAAUUGGAGUCUCACAAUGAAGUUCUACUCAAGCUUGCGAAAAUAGACUUCAAUCGCGUACAAUUACUUCAUCAACAAGAACUUAACGAGGUCUCCAGGUGGUUCGAGGAUUUGAAGCUCGCUUCGCGAUAUUCUUAUGCGAGAGCUAGAAUCGCAGAAAUCUAUAUGUGGACUGUUGCUGUUUACUUUGAGCCACAAUACCGACGUGCUCGGAUAAUCCUCACCAAAAUUAUGAAAUUGAUGUCAAUCAUGGAUGAUACGUACGAUUCCUAUGCUACCAUCGACGAACUUCGAAUAUUGAUAGAUGCAAUUGAGAGGUGGGACAUUAGUACUAUUGAUCAACUACCAGACUACAUGAAAUUCCUCUACAACACUCUUUUGAAUCUUUACGGCGAAUUUGAGACUGAAUUAGAAAGUGAAGGCAGAUCUUAUGGUGUAUCUUAUGCAAGGGAUGCGCUAAAACAAAUGAUGAAGGCAUACCAUAUUGAGGCAGAGUGGCUGAACAAAGGCUAUGUACCAUCAUUUGAUGAGUACAUGGAGAAUGCCCUAAUUUCAUGUGGUUAUCAUGCAGUUGCAAUAUCAUCGUUCCUUGGAAUGGAAGAAAUUGCAACCAUGGAGGCUUUUGAGUGGCUAAAAGGAUUUCCAAAGAUUGAUAAGGCUGCGCAAAUUAUUUGUCGUCUGAUGGAUGACAUAACAUCACGGGUGCAUGAGCAAAAGAGGAACCAUGUCGCCACCGGCGUCGAGUGCUAUAUGAAGCAAUAUGGCUUAUCUGAGGAGGAGACGGUAAGAAACUUUCAGAAAACGACUGCAAGUGCAUGGAAAGAUGUAAAUGAAGAAUGCAUGAGACCAAUUGUUGUCUCCAUGGAUCUCCUAAUCAGGUUCGUUAAUCUUGCGCGUGUCAUUGACAGCCUUUACAAGGGUGAAGAUAAAUACACCAAUUGUGAGAGUUUGAAGAGAUAUAUCAAGUCAUUGUUCUUCGAGCCCAUUCCAAUGGAAGAAGAAGCUAUAGAGGCCAAGUGAUACCAGUCCUCUACAAUAAGAUGAUAGAGACUUCACUCAUCAUGUAUUGUAUUGUUAGUGGUAUUUGAAUUUUCAGUUUUUUAUUUUUGUUUUUAUAAAUAAGCUGGAAGGGAUCGAACUUUUGACCUCAGGUCAACGGGUGAGAAUCUUUGCCAUUUGAGUUGGAUAUUGUUCUUCCAUAGUUUUUUUUAUAUUUAAAUUUAGUAUAAAAAUACCGCCUUUUAUAAGAAUAAAGGAAUAUCGAGCUUACUUAUCUUUGGUUGAUGUUCUUAUUUUUUGUUUUUUUUUUUUAAAGAAAAGGGCUUAGCCUGGAAUUUUAUUAAUCAAGGAAGAGAAAAAGCCU